CUGAUAUUAUUCAGUAUUUGAUUUCCAAGAGAAAAGUACGUAUUUAACAAAUAUGUCGAAGGAAGUUAGUUUUUUUGUGUUAGUCCUAAUUGUUGCUAUAACUGGUUACCAGGAAAAGUUUGUGCUAGAGAAUAAAAUAACAGGGAAAGUUUUGGGUGGAGAAGGACAAUCAUUUGGGCAAGAAGAAGAUUGGGAACAUGGGAACUGGCAGCUCUGGAAUCUGGAGCCACGGAGCAAUGCUGGAUAUUCUGUCCUACGCAAUGUAGCAAGUGGAAUAGUCAUAACAUACCCUAAGAAUAGAUCGGAAUAUCAACUGUGGAAUGUGAAUACCAAUGGCGACACAUGGAUACAGCUCAAUCGCUACGUCCUAAUUUUGAAUAAGACAGCCUUAUAUUUCACAUUCAGAGAAAAUGAUGAGAGGGACAGAUGGUUUUUGAUGGCACAUUCCAAGAAAAACGAUACAGGAUAUGACAUUGUGCCCCGUAGUGAUGUAAAAUAGAUACGUUAAAAAAAUUCUAUAGGCACUUUAAUUACCCUAAUUUUUUAAUUACUUCAUUAUGAUAAGAUAAAUAA